CAAGCGCGCGCCCAGCCGGCGUGGCAGCUCUUUCGAAGAGCGCCCAGGUGCUCGGGGGCCCACCGCCGGGGAAGCCCGCGCCCCCCGCGCAGCGGCGGGCGACCGCGCCGGCGAAGCGGGAGAGGUGGGAGGAGGACGCGCUGCGCGACGACGAAUUGUCGCAGGCCAUCACGGGCAGCAAGCUGAGCGGCAUGGAGCUGGAGCUGCGUGCGCUGGCAGUGAAGAUCGCGCCCAGCGAGGACUACAUGAACAGCUGCAGGCAGUGCCUCAACCAGGUGAAGGUCGCCGUCGCCACGCACGACUGGGGCGAGGACCGGCCCUCUCUCCCCACCAUGGUGGGCUCCGUGAUGCAGGAGACCGAGCUGGAGGGCUGCGACAUCGACAUGGCGCUGCGGUUCCCGUCCGGCGGCUCCCAGGCGAGCCGGGAGUCGCGCAUCGAGGAGUUCUGGGAGAAGCUGCUGCUCUCGCCCCAGCUGGCCGUCUACCAGACCACGAGGACGUUCCCGCACGCGAAGGCGCCCCUGACCGUGGAGCUCAAGGGCUCGUCGCCGCCGACGGUGGCGCACCUGCUCGUAGUGGACCCGGUAAGCGCACCCGCGAGGCAGACGACGGUGGACCAAGUGAUCAAGACGCUCUGCGACCACUUUGGACCGGCGAGGGACCUGGUGCGGCUGGUGAAGUUGUGGGCGACGAACCGCAGCCUCUCACGCGAGCAUGACGGCUACCCCAGCGGCCUUGCGUGGACGUUGAUAACGAUUUGCUUCUUGCAGGCAGACAAGCUGGUACCACCUUAUAAGGACGUCUCCAAAGUGCAACGGUCGACAAUGAUGCCGGACAUCCUUGCCAUGCUCCGCCGGUUCUUCGAGUUCCUGGCCGCCGGCCAGGGCGCUCUAGCCCGUGGCUUCUCCGUGGUGCGCGGACAGGAGUUCCAGGCGCCGCCCGGGGAGCCAGUCUUCGUGGAGGACCCCGCGGAGCUCCUCGAGGGGAGCAAGCAGCUGAACCUCGCGCAGGGAACGGGGGGGCUCCAGUGGCAGAGGGUGGUGGAGGAGGCGAAGAAGGUGUCGGACAGGCUCGCGGCGACGCCGCAGCGCUGGUUCCACUGGGCCGAGGUCUUCGACCCCCGCGAGAUGCCUCCGCGGAAGAUGGCCAGGCUGUCGGAGGUGGUGCCGCGGCCGCCCCUGCGGCCGGGGGCCGGCGAGCGGUGA